AUGAAUACGGAUCUUACCAAGAUUUAUACUGCUGAGGAAGUUAGUGUUGCUUUACAACAAAUGCAUCCAACAAAGGCACCUGGACCAGAUGGGAUGUCACCAGUUUUCUACCAAAAGUAUUGGCAUAUCGUGGGAAAUUCAGUAACUUCAGCUGUGCUCCAGUCUUUAAAUUCAGGUUCUGAACUUAAUCAUACCCUUAUUAGCUUGAUUCCUAAGAAGAAAUGUUGUGAAAUGCUGAUUUUCUCCCUAUUAGCCUUUGUAAUGUUGAUAACUGAUAAAGUGCUAGUGGCUUAUAAGCUUGUGAACCAUUUGAGGAAUAAGAGGAAAGGGAAAACGGGGUGCAUGUCUUUGAAGUUGGAUAUGAACAAGACCUACGAUAGGGUGGAAUGGGGUUUCCUAGAAAUGAUUUUGUUAAAACUUGGUUUUGCUCAGAACUUUGUGAAGUUGAUUAUGGAGUGCAUUAAAACUAUUUCCUUUUCAGUUUUGGUGAAUAGCUUGCCACAUGGCCCUAUUUUUCCAAGUAGAGGGAUAAGGCAAGGGGACCCACUAUCCCUUUACCACUUCGUUCUAUGCACAAAGGGCUUAACUGGUCUAUUAAAAACUGCUGAGAGGGACAACACAGUCAGGGGGAUGCGUGUUUGUAGAUGA